GACUGUGGGAAGAGAUUCACCUCCUCGGGCAUUAAAAUUCAUCAGAGAAUCCACACAGGAGAGAGACCUUAUAGCUGUACUCAAUGUGGGAAGAGUUUUGUUCAAUCUACAUCUCUGACAGUGCACCAGAGAAUCCACACAGGAGAGAGACCUUAUAGCUGUGGUCAAUGUGGGAAGAGUUUUGUUCAAUCUAGCUAUCUGACAGUGCACCAGAGAAUACACACAGGAGAGAAACCUUAUAUCUGUGGUCAGUGUGGGAAGGGUUUUGCUAGAUCUAACCAUCUGACUUUACACCAGAGAAAGCACACAGGAGAGAAACUUUUUAGCUGUGAUCAAUGUGGGAAAAGUUUUACUCAAUCUGACCAUCUGACUUUACACCAGAGAAUACACACAGGAGAGAAACCUUAUAUCUGUGGUCAAUGUGGGAAGGGUUUUGCUGCAUCUAGCAAUCUUACUCUACACCAGAGAAUACACACAGGAGAGAAACCGUAUAGAUGUGGUCAAUGUGGGAAGGGUUUUGCGGCAUCUACCUAUCUUACUCUACACCAGAGAAUACACACAGGAGAGAAACCAUAUAGAUGUGGUCAAUGUGGGAAGGGUUUUGCGGCAUCUACCUAUCUUACUCUACACCAGAGAAUACACACAGGAGAGAAACCUUAUAGCUGUGGUCAAUGUGGGAAGAGUUUUAGUCAAUCUGGCCAACUGACAGUGCACCAGAGAAUACACACAGGAGAGAAAUCUUAUAGCUGUGGUCAAUGUGGGAAAAGUUUUCAUAAAUCUGGCCAUCUGACAGUGCACCAGAGAAUACACACAGGAGAGAAAUCUUAUAGCUGUAAUCAAUGUGGGAAGAGUUUUACUACAUUUGGCCAGCUGACUUUACACCAGAGAACGCACACAGGAGAGAAACCUUAUAGCUGUGAUCAAUGUGGGAAGAGUUUUACUAGAUCUGACCAUCUGACUUUACACCAGAGAACGCACACAGGAGAGAAACCGUAUAGCUGUGGUCAAUGUGGGAAGAGUUUUGUUCAAUCUAGCCAGCUGACAGUACACCAGAGAACACACACAGGAGAGAAACCGUAUAGCUGUGAUCAGUGUGGGAAGAGUUUUACUGAGUCUGGUGGUCUGACUAAACACCAGAGAACACACACAGGAGAGAAACCUCAUACC